AUGGGUAGACCCGAACCCUGCGUCUUGUUCUCGCAGACUUUCGUUCAUCCUCAACUGGAUGAGUACGUCGACGAGGUAUUGUUCGCUGAACCAAUUGUGAUUACGGCUUGUGAGUUUCUUGAACAGAAUGCUCCUUCUGCGUCACAAGCGGUGUCGCUAAUGGGGGCUACUUCACCUCCUUCAUUUGCUUUGGAGGUGUUUGUUCAGUGUGAGGGGGAGACAAGAUUUAGGCGACUCUGCCAGCCAUUCCUUUAUUCUCAUUCUUCAUCACAUGUGCUAGAAGUCGAGGCUGUUGUAACUAACCAUCUGGUUGUGAGGGGCAGCUAUCGCAGUCUAAGUUUGGUCAUAUAUGGGAACACAGCAGAGGAUCUAGGGCAGUUCAACAUUGAAUUUGAUGAUAACUCUUUAACUAAUCUUGUUUGUUCUGCUGAGGGAAAGCUCGAAGAUCUCCCUUUGGCAUUACAUUCAACUAAUCGUACCAUUGAGGAUUCACUAACCUCUCUGAAUGUGUUAUCUUUACCUGUUGCUGCGUCAGAUACAUCUGCUGAGGUUAAGCAAUUUUUACAGCUGAUUUCGAAGUUGCUGGAGCUGCCGAAACUUAGGGAUUCUGUACAUAGAGUUCUUAGUACUGUAGUGACAGCUGUCUGUUCAUUUGUCACCUGUGAUUGGUGUUGUGAAACAGUUAAUCAGAAGCAUAUUAAAAUGUGUGGAUCCAAAAAUUUUGAAGAGUUGCACCAUGUUAUCAGUGAGGCUAGAAAUGAGCUUCUUCUAGUGCUUGGACAUGGUUCCAAAGAUGAAUCAGCUGAACUUUUGGCAGACUGCACAUUUCUUGAAUCAGAGGCCGACUUGGCUACUUGGAAACAGCUGGUGGACAUGUUAAGCCAAUAUUUCUGUUUUGACAGGAACUCCACAAGUGUUGGAGCUUGUCAGAUUUCACAGAACAAGAGUGUCAUUCUGGGGCUGUGUGUGGCGCUUUUACUGUGCUCUAGUAAAGAAAGCUGCUUUCACUUUGUCAAUAGUGGGGGAAUGGAGCAGCUUGCACACAUUUUCUCUCAUGAGAUGCAGAAUUCUUCUGCCAUAAUAUUGCUAUUACUUGGAGUUAUUGAGCAGGCGACAAGGCAUCCAAUUGGUUGCGAAGGAUUUUUAGGUUGGUGGCCUCGUGAAGAUGAAAGCAUCCCAUCUGGUACUAGCAAAGGUUAUAGUCAAUUGUUAAAGUUGUUCCUACAAAAACCUCAGCAUGAUGUGGCUUCUCUUGCAACCUAUGUCCUUCAUCGGUUACGAUUUUAUGAAGUUGUUUCUAGAUAUGAGCAUUCUGUUCUUUCUGCUUUGGGGGGACUUUCUGUGGUUGGAAGAGUUACAAGUGUUACAUCAGCAAUGCUUAAUAGUGCUAAAUCUCAACUCAAGAUGCUCUUGAAAUUGAUAAAUUUGCGUGGUCCAAUUGAAGAUCCUUCUACAGCAGCCUCUGCAAGUAGGUCAUUGAUCAUUGGUCAAACAGAAGGAUUAUUGCCAUAUAAAGCAACCAGUAGCUUGGUUGGCUCAUCACAUUGCUGCUUUUCAAACUGGGAUAUAGACUUGCAUUUGCUGGCACUUCUCAAGCAGGAUAGAGGCUUUCUUCCUCUGUCAGCUGCACUGUUGUCGUCUCCCAUAAUACAUUCAGAAGCUGUAGACUCUACGGAUAUGAUUGUUGAUAUUGCAUCUACUAUUGGGGCCAUACUUCUUUCACUUCUUAUGUGUCGCUCAGGUUUAAUUUUCCUUUUAAAUCACCCCGAACUUUGCACUACAUUAGUUGAUGCUCUAAGGGGUGCAGGUGGUAUGAAUAGGGAAGAAUGUGUUCCUCUACGAUAUGCAUCUGUUUUAUUGUCUAAGGGUUUUGUUUGCAGUCCACAUGAAGUUGGAGUAAUUGUUGAGACGCAUUUGAGAGUGGUUAAUGCUAUUGAUCGUUUGCUAAUAUCAACUCUACACUCCGAAGAAUUUCUAUGGGUAUUGUGGGAGCUUUGUGGCCUUUCCAGGUCAGAUUGUGGGCGCCAAGCUUUGUUGGUUCUGGGAUAUUUUCCAGAGGCUAUUUCAAUCUUGAUUGAAGCUUUACAUUCUGUCAAGGAGUCAGAGCCAGUUGCUAGUGGAGCUUCUCCAAUAAAUCUUGCAAUUUUUCACUCAGCUGCAGAGAUUUUUGAAGUCAUUGUCAGUGAUUCAACUUCAUCUUCCCUAGAUUCUUGGAUUGGACAUGCUAUGGAACUUCAUAAAGCAUUGCAUUCUUCUUCCCCUGGUUCCAAUCGGAAAGAUGCUCCAACUAGACUGUUGGAGUGGAUUGAUGCUGGUGUAGUUUUUCACAAGAAUGGGGCUAUUGGUCUUCUACGGUAUUCCGCUGUGUUGGCUUCUGGUGGAGAUGCCCAGUUAAACUCCACCAGCAUUCUAGUGUCUGAUUUGACAGAUGUUGAGCAAGUUGUUGGAGAUGCUUUAGGUGGUUCGGACAUAAAUGUUAUGGAUAAUCUUGGAAAGUUGAUCUCCGAUAAGUCUUUUGAGGAUAAUCCUCUUCGUGACUCAUCCAUAGCACAGUUGACAACAGCCAUUCGGAUACUGGCCUUUGUUUCAGAAAACUCAACUGUUGCUGCUGCUCUAUAUGAUGAAGGUGCUAUAUCAGUUAUUUAUGCAAUUCUGAUCAAGUGCAGCUUCAUGCUUGAACGGUCAUCAAACAGUUAUGAUUACCUUGUUGAUGAGGGUACGGACCGCAAUUCUACAUCUGAUUUGCUAUUGGAACGUAAUCGUGAGCAGAGCUUGGUUGAUCUUUUGGUGCCUUCUCUGGUAUUGCUGAUCAAUCUUCUGCAGAAAUUACAGGAAACUAAAGAGCAGCACAGGAAUACAAAACUAAUGCAUGCCCUUUUGCGACUGCAUAGAGAAGUAAGUCCAAAGCUGGCUGCAUGUGCUGCAGACUUAUCCUCGCCCUAUCCCGAUUCUGCACUUGGUUUUGGAGCUGUCUGCCAUCUUGUUGUAGCAGCACUUACUUGUUGGCCGUUGUAUGGCUGGACUCCUGGCCUCUUCCACUCUCUUCUUGCAAAUGUUCAGGCGACUUCACUGUUGGCCUUGGGUCCAAAGGAAACCUGCAGUUUGCUGUGUCUUCUGAAUGAUUUAUUUCCUGAAGAAGGUGUCUGGCUUUGGAAGAACGGAAUGCCUUUGUUAAGUGCGCUAAGAAAAUUGGCUGUUGGAACCUUAUUGGGGCCACAGAAGGAGAAACAGGUUGACUGGUAUUUGGAGACUUCACACCGUGAGAAACUGUUUAACCAAUUGACACCACAUCUGGAUAAAAUUGCGCAGAUUAUCCAACAUUAUGCUAUUUCUGCAUUGGUAGUCAUUCAAGACAUGCUUCGGGUUUUCAUAAUUCGAAUUGCUUGCCAAAAAACUGAAUAUGCUUCUCUUCUUCUGCGGCCCAUAUUAUGCUGCAUCCGCGAUUGUGUUUCUGACUUGUCAUCUCCAUCAGAGAUUGAUGCUUACAAGGUUUACAGAUAUCUUGAUUUUCUUGCGAGCAUAUUGGAACAUCCAUGUGCCCAGGCACUGUUAUUGGCGGAAGGUAUUGCUCAGAUGCUAACAAAAGUGCUGGAAAGGUGUUUAGUUCCCAUUGUUUCAGAUGGAAAACAGAUCUCAGAUACUGAAAUUUCAGCUAAGUCUGGGUUUACUUUGAUUAGUUGGUGCUGUCCUGUGUUCAAGUGCUUCUCACUUCUUUGUGGUUCGAGUGCACCAUUACCAUACCCCGUGAGACAUGAUCUGCACAGUUCUGCAAGUAUGAGUGCUAAAGAUUGUUCAUUGAUUCUGCCAUAUCUGCUUAAGUUCUGCCAGGUCUUACCAGUUGGAAAAGAGUUGCUUUCUUGCGUUGCAUGCUUUAAAGAUUUAAGUUACUGCAAUGAAGGUCGAAGUGCUUGUGUGACAACUUUGCAUCACAUCUACACCAGCAUUGAGGAACAUAAAUCUGGAAACGGACAGGAAAGGAAUAAGAAUUAUAAUUUGGAUGACAUUGAAUGGAGAAAGCAUCCUCCUUUUCUUUCUUGCUGGAUUAGGUUGUUGAAAUCAGUGGAUUCAAAAGAGGAGUUGUCAAUUUGUGCAAUUGAGGCUGUUGCUACAUUAUCCAUUGGUGCUUUGUGCUUUUGCUUAGAUGGUAAACGUUUGAACUUGAAUGUGGUGGAUGCAAUAAAAAGCCUUUUUGGGAUCCAUGAUGAUAUGGAUGAAGCAGACAGCUCUCCAGAGAAUAUAAGUUUCAUACAGGAAAUGAUUACAUUGUUGAGUUUGAAGGUCAAUGAUGGUGACUUUCUAGCUACAGAUAUGAGGGAAACUUUGUCUCGAGCUUCAGAUUCUGCCAAGUCAUUGUUGUUAUUGUUGCAGAAGCCCACUGGUUCAGUUACAAUAAAUGACGUUAUGAGCAGUAAAGGCAUUCAAUCUCUACCUUUAAAUGAGCUUCUGGUUCCUUCAAGAAUAAAUCAGAUGUCAGAUGGCAGUGCCGACAAGGCUGAUGAUUACCUUUACCUAGGUGGCCUUGGAGAGAAAUUUCUGUGGGAAUGCCCAGAAACCUUACCUGAUAGAUUGUCACAGAAUCCUUCUAUGAAAAGGAAAUUGUCAUCAUUGGAUGGUUCUGGUAAGCGUGUUAAGGGAGAAACUUCAGUGGCUGAGACUACGGGACAAAAUGCAUUUUCACGGGGAAUGGGUCCAUCAACUGCCCCUUCUGGUCCAACUCGCAGGGACACCUUUAGGCAGCGCAAACCAAAUACCAGUAGGCCUCCAUCUAUGCAUGUGGAUGAUUAUGUUGCAAGAGAAAGAAGUGUUGAUGGUGUUAGCAAUUCAAAUGUUAUAGCAGUUCAGCGGGUGGGAUCUACUGGUGGAAGACCUCCCUCGAUUCACGUGGAUGAAUUUAUGGCCAGGCAAAGAGAGCGCCAGAAUCCAACGGUGGCUGUUGUUGGGGAACCAUCAGUACAAGUAAAAAAUGCAACUCCUGUGAAUGAUGUGGAUAAGGAAAAAGACAAGUCCAAGCAAUUAAAAACAGUUCUGGAUGAUGAUCUUCAGGGAAUAGAUAUAGUUUUUGAUGGUGAGGAGUCAGAAUCUGAUGACAAAUUGCUCUUUCCUCAGCCUGAUGAUAAUCUGCAGCAGCUGGCCCCUGUCAUAGUGGAGCAAAGUUCUCCGCACUCGAUUGUUGAAGAGACUGAGAGUGAUGUUAAUGAAAUUAGUCAAUUUUCUCAUUCACGCACACCAUUAGCAUCCCAUGUUGAUGAGAGCACCCCAAGUGAGUUCUCUUCAAGGAUGUCUGCUUCACGACCUGAAAUGCCAUUGACACGGGAACCAAGUGUUUCUUCGGAUAAGAAGUUUUUUGAGCAACAUGAUGAUUCAAAGAAUGCCAUUAAGACCUCUACUGGCUUUGAUUCUGUUCCAGCUGCAACUACUUCAGGUUUUCCUGUACAGAUGCCAGUGGACUCAAGGAUGCCUCCCCAAAAUUUCUAUAUGAAGAACAGUCCACAGCAUUCUUCAGGAUCUCGAGGACUUUAUGACCGUAAAAUUCCUCUGAAUCAGCCAACUUUGCCUCCAAUGCCACCCCCAACAAUCUCACCCAUAAUGUCUCAGAAUCAUGAUCCAGGCCCGAGUCAGUCAUCCCCCUACGUCAACUCUGGAAUCGAGGUGCAGCCUCCACUUCCUGCAGCCUUCCAAGUUCAGUCAGAAUAUCUAUCUGCAUUUGGUAACAAUCCUUCUAUUCAGAUGCCAGAUUCCAAGUAUUCACGUAAUUCUAUCUCUUCUCCAAGUGGAUCUGCUGGACCUCAUCCGCCACUUCCUCCUACACCACCUCCCUUCUCAUCUAGUCCAUAUAAUUUACCAUCUAUAAGUCCUACUUCACAAUCUUCAGUAUAUACUAUUGGAACUGAGCUUCCCCAGGCGUCUACUUCACCACUAAUUGACCCUAGAUUAGGAAAUCUCUCUGUGUCCGGUUCUGGUUUAACUUCUUAUAUGCCACCUCCUCUAAUGCCACCCAUGGUUUUCAGUAGACCAGCCACAAUCCCUGCAACUGUUUAUGGAAGCACCCCAGCCCAGCAGCAAGGCGAGAGUCCAAUCUUGCAAAAUCUCUCCAUUCCUCAGCCUUCCGUUCAGACAAUACAUCAGUUGCAGCCUCUGCAGCCUCCGCUUCGACGGCCACCGCAGCCACCACAACAUCUUUGGCCACUUGUACAAUCUUCUCAGCAGCUGGAACAAGGGGUGUCUUCGCAAACCCCUAACCAAAUGCAAGGCCAUCAAUUACAAUUGCUGCAACAACCACAACUCCCUUCUAUGCAUACUCAUUAUCAAGCUCAGCAUCAAGAGCUUUCUCAGUCAAGGCAACAGCAACUUGAGCAUGCACAGCCACAUGUUAUGCGUCAUCAGGGAGAUUUUUCAUCACAGCAGCAACAAGAUCUUGGAAUGUCAUUACAGGAGUACUUCCAGGAUCCAAAAGCUAUCACGUCUUUAUUGAGUAACAAGGAAGAACUGUGCCGGCUUUUGGAGCAGCAUCCAAAAUUAAUGCAGAUGCUUCAGGCUCUUGACCCGUUGAAAGAGUGCUACAUCAGCACAAUACUUGAGAGUGCUGUUGCUAAUUGA